AUGUUAAGGUAUAUUAAAGAACUUUAUAUUAAUAACAAUAAGUCAAAUGCUUCAAAGAAGUUGGUGGUUUUGAAAAUUGCACGGACGAGAUGGGGAGACUUCAAGAGUAGAUUAUUACGUGAGUUUGUACACAAGAAGCAUCAAACGUAUAACUCUCCUACAGAACUUUAUGACUUUUUGAGUGCAGAACAAUGGGCGAAGUUUGUAGCUAGUCGGCAGUCUGAAGAGUUUAAGGAAAGAAGUCAGAAGGCUAGGGAAUUGCAGGCGUUAAAUGAGCAUCCACACUUCUUAGGUUCUAGUGGAUAUGCGAAGAGACGACAAGAGUGGAUGAAAGAAGAUCCCCUAUCUUCACAAUCUUCGUGUGCGUCAGUUAGCUCGUCUUUGUUGUCCGAUGAUCGCAGCUUUGAUUGGAUACGAGCAAGAACAAAAAAAAAGCAGAUGAUGGAAGUUACUUUAUUCCAAAUGAAAAAACACAGGAAGUGUUUCAUAAAAUUAUAGAAAAAUGUGAAGAACUUGAUCAAGGAAAAU